AUGGAAAAAUCAGAAGACGAACCAGGGUCUACUAAAACCGAAGCCAAUGAAUAUUUUCUAGAAGAACCCGGAGUUACCGAUGUUGCUCUUGUUGUAGAGGGAAGAAAGAUGUAUACCGUUAAAUCGGUUCUUGCUUUAGCGUCUCCCGUCUUCAAAUCCAUGUUAACCUCAGAUUUUAAAGAAAAAAAUGCAGCUGAAAUUGAAUUACCCGGGAAGAAGUAUGAAGCGUUCAAAAAUUUUCUGAUGUUUUUAUCCCCAAAUGAAUACUUGGAUUUAAAGGAUGAUGUUAUUGUGGAUAUACUUCCGUUGGCAAAGGAAUACCAAGUUAUUUCUCUUCUCAACACCUGCGAAGCAUGGUUACUUAAAGAGAUUGACCUCAAAGAAGCAAAAAAUAAUACCAUGUACUACGAUUUAGAAUUUUUACUCAAAUUUUUUUAUUACAGUGGUGAAUGCAAUCUACCAAAUCUUCGUAAACGGACUCUCUCUUGUUUAGUGCAAUUUACCCUGUCUUCAUGCAAACAAAUAGAAAAAUAUUAUGGACGACUCUCGGACAAAGAUAAAUUAGAGCUUUUUGAGGCCAGAAUCGAAAAACUUGACUCUUUACACUCCGGUGUAAUGAGCUGUAGCUGCCAUCCACAAUACCUGCUUUUUUUGCAACAAAUGCAUGUAAUCUAUGAUGAUGACCUUUGA